CCGGUCGUACGUAUAUAUGCGCCCCUGCGUGCGCGUGACUGGAAUUUCAGCUCGCCGGUGGGAAGAAAAGGGUUACAAGGAUCGAUCUCGACCGUGAUGACACUGACGAGGGAGGAGGCGCACGAGAGCAAGGAGAUGGAGAGCCUGCGGGUGCACGCCGACGCGCUGCUCUCGCUGUCCUCGCCCGCCGCGUCGUCCACGGCGCCGGCGGGCAGCAAGCCGGCGACGACGGCGGCGGGCAGGAGGGCGCUGGCGGCGGAGGGCGUGUUCGAGUGCAAGACGUGCAGCAGGCGGUUCACGUCGUUCCAGGCGCUGGGCGGGCACCGCACCAGCCACACGCGGCUGCAGGCGCGGAUGCUGCUGCACGAUCAGGCCGCCGACGUCCCGGGCGCCGCCGAGAGGGACAGGGCGCGGGUGCACGAGUGCGCCGUCUGCGGGCUCGAGUUCUCCAUGGGCCAGGCGCUGGGCGGCCACAUGCGCCGGCACAGGGGCGAGGCGCCGCCGGGGCCGUCGACGUCGUCGUCGGCCGCCGUGCACGGCGACGCCAGCUCCGGCGCGACGCAGCAGCAGGAGGUCAUGCCCGACCUGAACUACCCGCCGAUGGACGACUGCGGCGGCGAAUCCUCGGCCGACCGCAGCUCCGAGCAUCAGCUGCUUGAUCUGCUUGUAUAGCCUCAUAAGUCAUAACAGAUUAAAGAACAUACUUGUAUAGGAUGUGCAUACAUACAUGAUGAUAGAUGAUUCCGUGCUGUACAUGGAAGGCUUGAUUUAUUUGUUUAAUUAUUAAGACAUGGAUGGAGUUUAAUUA